AUGUUAAUCCACCUUGUACUUCUCCUUACACUCGUCUGCUCUGCUUACUGCACAAAUAAGGUGCUCUUCAUCUCCUUCGAUGGCUUCCGACACGACUACCUCGACAUGGCAGCAGAGAAAGGAAAGAAUAUAUCAGCUUUCAAACAGAUCCGUGAAGCCGGCUUCCAAGCGGAGGUGCAGAAUGUGAUGAUAACACUGACAUUCCCCUCUCACUAUGCCAUGGCAACGGGUCGCAAUGUGGAGAACCAUGGCCUUGUCGGCAAUAGCUUCCACGAUCCAGAAACAUGGGCAUCCUAUUACUAUACGAAUUCCACCAAUAACAUACAAUCGUCAUGGUUUGAGUAUGCGGGUGCAGAACCUCUUUGG